GUUUCUUAAUGUCACACAAAUGUCACUUUUGACAUCAAUCAUGUAAUUUUACUAUUUUUUUUCAAAAUUCUGUUUACAAAAUUAUCAGUAAAAAUGUUACCCUUCAAACCAAACCCCAGGAUCCUGGCAUCAUUUUUCAAAACAUAUCCCGUUAUAUCCUCACAAAUCGUAAGGAAACGGGCGACAUUUACUUCAGAAAAUUCAGAGUCUGUCGAUUUGUCUUACGCUUCUUAUGAAAGCACUGAAUCAGAGAAUAAUCCACUUCCUCCUUUAGUAAUAUUACAUGGGUUGUUGGGGUCAAAGAACAAUUGGAACAGUACCAGCAAGGCUAUCCAUAGAACUACGGGGCGGAAAGUGAUUAGUGUGGAUGCCCGUAACCAUGGCGACAGCAGGCAUUCUUCGCAACAUAGCUAUGUCCACAUGGCUCACGAUGUUAUGAAUCUGCUGAAAAAGUUGGAGCUGUCUAAAGUGUCUGUACUAGGGCAUAGUAUGGGUGGCAGGACUGCUAUGGUGUUGUCAUUGCUUUGUUCUGAUCUAGUAUCAAGCUUAAUAGUGGUGGACAUUUCACCAGUAAAGACUAGCCCACAGAUAAACACAAUGGCAAGCUUAUUUGACGCUAUGUCCAAUGUCUCAGUGCGCCCCGGCAUAGCCAUGUCCAAAGCCAGGAAAGUAGCUGACGAACAACUCAAAUCAAUAACUCCCGAUAUCAACUUGAGGAACUUCUUAAUAACUAACCUGGUGCAGACACAUACAGGAGCUUAUACUUGGAGAGUUAACCUGCCAGCCCUCAAGGAGAACUUUACGGCACAUAUCUCUAAUUUUCCAUCCAGUUUGAAAGGGUUACAGUAUUGUGGGCCGACUUUAUUUAUAGGAGGAUCUCUGUCAGACUAUAUAGGGAAAAAUGACCUGCCAGAAAUCCAAGAAUACUUCCCACUGGCAGAGCUGGUGUUCAUCGAAGGCGCCGGUCACUGGGUGCACAGCCAGAAGCCUCAGCCCUUCCUGGAGACUGUGUGCAAGUUCUUAAAAGAAAAAUGAAUAGUUGCCAAUAAAUAUAGCAUAAUUAUUAUAGCAUACCAAAUAUUAUAUAGCAUAAUUCAUUAGAUGAUAUAAUUUGUGAUUCUGAUUACCAUUGGAGAUUUUACUUAUUUUAGUUGACAUUGUGAUAGAGAAAUGUACAAAGUACCAAAAUCAGUUUUAUUGUUGUAAAUAUAUUUUUUUGUUGUUAACCGUAAA